AUGCUCUUCCUUCUAAUACUGCUUACGGGUGUUAGUGGGCUGCAGGCCGGCCAGAAUCCCCAGAAAACAAUGGUGUAUACAACAGUUCCUGAAAAGAUCUCAUCACCAGAUGUGGAAGCAGAUCCUGAAAAUCAAAUUGCUUACCUUAUUAUAAUAGCUGAAAAACCAUAUUUUGUCCAUCUUCAUAAACAAUCAUUUAUAACUCCAAAUGCAGUGGUUUAUACUUAUGACAAACACGGUAUUCGACAGUCUCAACCUUUGUCAUAUCUGAGAAAUUGCAAUUACAAUGGAUAUGUUGCAGGUUUUCCAAAUUCUCUUGUGUCACUCAGCAUUUGCUCGGGACUCAGGGGGACGAUACAAUUUCAAAAUGUCUCCUACGGAAUCGAGCCCAUGGAAGCCAUGUCAGGAUUUGUGCAUAUGAUCUACGAGAACACCAAGGACACCGAGGCCACUCUCUUAGGAGAGAAUCAGGCUUACAGAUGGUUCAGUGAAUUGCAGAACCACUUCCAAAGCACCACGAAGAAACCCGCAUUUACCAAGUUACUCCCACGAGUCAUUGAGAUGGAUAUUGUCGUGGAUAAAGAGCUGUUUGAUUACAUGGGCUCUGACACUAAAGUUGUGAUACAGAAAGUUGAUCAAGUCAUCGGCCUUGUUAACACCAUGCUCUCCAAGUUAAAACUGACUGUUCUAAUAUAUUCCAUUGAAAUCUGGUCAAAUGAAAACAGAAUUUCUCUCCAAGAUACACUUCAGAAGUUACUGGCUAACUUUUUAUAUUGGAAAACUGGUCUUAGAACAAAACACGUUUCAUACUUACUGGCCUUUGAGGAACACCCCGCUUCCAUUGGAGCCGUAUAUCCAGGGCAAUUGUGCGAAGCCAAUUACGAUGGCGCUGUGGUCCUGUUUCCAAAAGGUUUUUCACUAGAGUCCUUCAGUGUCAUUUUCACGCAGCUUCUGAGCAUUGGUAUGGGACUAAAUUACGACAAUGCUGACAUCUGUCACUGUACAGCAGAUGUUUGCCUAAUGACGCCCAAAGCAAUAUAUUCUGGAGGUGUGAAGGAUUUCAGUACUUGUAGCUUGGAUGACUUGAAAUAUCUAUCAGCAAACAGAGUCCUUGAAUGUCUCCAGGAAUUGCCUAUGGAAAGAAAAGCUAAACGCAGACCCAGGCGAAUAUGUGGCAACGGUAUAGUGGAAGGCAAAGAACAGUGUGACUGUGGCACUUUGAAGAACUGCACACACAAGGCGUGCUGUGACCCCAUGUCAUGCCGGUUAAAGAACAAUGCCAUAUGUGGCUCUGGAGAAUGCUGCACGCAGGACUGCAAGAUAAAACCAAUUAAUGUACUUUGUAGAAAGCCCGUAGAUGAAUGUGACUUUGUGGAGUAUUGUAAUGGGGACCAACCUUAUUGUGUGCCUGACACAUACUCACGUAAUGGACAGCCCUGCGGAUCAGGUGAAGGCUACUGCUACAAUGGAGUUUGUCGGACUGCUGAAAAACAAUGUAUGAAACUCUUGGGAAAGGGUGUGAGAGGGGCUCCCUUCUGGUGCUACGAAGAGAUGAAUUCCAAAGGUGAUCGAUUUGGCAACUGUGUUGAAAAGUUUUGUCACUUUCAAGAUGUUCUGUGUGGGAAGUUAGUCUGUACAUGGCCAUACAAGAAGUUACUGAUGAAGGCCAAUAUAUCUGCUGUUUAUGCACACAUACGAGAUGACGUGUGUGUAGCUAUGUAUAAAGGCGGGAGGAUACCUCAGCAGACACCUACAACAUAUAGGUACAUGGAGGAAAGAGAUGAAACCUUCGUAGAAGAUGGCACUAUCUGUGGCCCUGAAAUGUACUGUUUGCAAACAAAGUGCAGAGAAAUUAAAUAUUUAACAGGCUCUGACAGAUGCAGUGCUUCUAGAGACUGCAAUCAACAUGGGACUUGCAACAAUUUUGAACAUUGCCACUGUGAAAAAGGAUAUAACCCUCCUUUUUGUAAAGAAAUGAAAGGACAAUUUGGAAGCAUAGAUGAUGGACACCAAUAUUAUGUUUCAGAUGGUAAAAGCUAUAUUCAUCCAAGUUCUGGUAUUCUUCCAAAACACCAGCUUCAGCUCAUUUUCUAUAUAUCUCUACCCAUAGUUUUCAUUAUUACAGCUGUACUUAUAAAUCAAAAGAAGCUGAGACAGCUAUGUGACAGAGAAGGAAGUGAAAGCAACAGAUCUACAUUGGAAAACAGUGGGACUAACACCAAGUUGACUCCCAGUGAAGGAAGGAGAACACAGGCGAAGUGGGAGGAGAGGGAGCAGGAGAGGGGGCGGGAGCGAGAUAGAGUGUCUCAUGUCCCACGUGUUCUCCGCGUGGCUACAGGAGGGUACUUAGUGCUGCGCUGCAGUGUACUCACUGUGUCCUCCUCUGCAGACUUCGAAACACCACUUCUGCUUAUCACAGUGCCGCAGAAAAUCGAGACCACCAUGGCUGCCGAGGACGCAGAAAAGCAUGUAACUAAGAAACUGGAUUUUUGGAAAAUGAUGGGUGUUUAUUUGUACUCUACUUCUGGCCCGCAUCAGCGAAUUUCUCCAUAG